ACGUGCCCAGCGCCACCGGCGCGAAGGUCGGCCGCCCUUUCUGCCGAAGGCCGCCUCCCCGAGGACGCCGAGGCCGCGCUCCGCCGCUGCCGUUCCGCUCCGCUCCGCCUCCCCCGCCGAGGUCGCAGCAGCAGGUCUUCGCCGGGGCGCAGGCUGGAGCCCAGGCAGGGCCACGCGGCCCGGUGCCGGAGGCGCUCGAGGGCCAGCGCCAGGGCGAAGGCCUCGAGCAGUCUCCGCGGCUGCAGUGCCAAGCCGUCGGGCCCUUCUUCGGCGCCGGAACCGCCUCCCGCGACGUGCCCGGCGCCACCGGCGCGGAGGUCGGCCACCUCCCCCGGAGCGCCGAGGCCGCUAAGCCGCCGCAGGAGGCCGCUGCCGCCAGCGCGCCGUGGUUGCUCCGCAGCGGCCGAGCUGCUCCGCAGGUGGGCCCCCAGAUCCGCGCUUCCACUCCCGGCUGCCUUGCCGGGAGUCGGACCCAGGAGCAUCACAGAUCGAUCUGGCUCGAAAAAUUGGCUCUGGGGCGUCGGUCUCGGUUUUUCGCGAUGUUGCAUAUUUUUGUUGCAGCGUCGGGUCUCAGGGGACGUUCGGUCGCUGAAGGUAGCCGCUCUGCCGCCAGCCGCACCCGUGGUGGAGGCGCACAGAACGCCAGCGUCCGCAUGCGGGAUCUACGCGGCGGCAGUGGCCGCGGCCCCCGCCGUGGCCUUGGCCGUGGCUGUGGUCGCGGGAACCAUCGCGGGGGUCCCGCACCACUUCAUCGAGCUCAUGACGGGUCAUGGCCACGCCGCCGCGCUCGCGCGCUGUGGCGACGUGGAGGUGCUGCGUGCCGCUGCGCCUGGGCUCCUGGCGGCUGCGGCCCAGGCGUGCCACGGCGCGGCCACGGCCGGGGCCCCGGUGGAGCGCGGGCGGGCAGGGCCUCGCGUGGCCGAGGAGGCAGAGGCGGGCGAUCCCGAGACCAGCUUGGCCGGCCACGGCCACUCGUUCCUUUAAUCGGCUGGCCUCGGCGUGCGCCCUCUCCCCUCUGCCCCUGCGCCUCCCCCCCGCGCCGAGGGGCGUGUUGUGAGAUACCUCGGCCGGACGGUGCCCUGCAACGCCGCGGCGUCACGUCACGCGCAGCGGCAGUUUGCGCUGCGAUCAUGUCCCGCGUAGUUUACCGAGGCGGUUCGCAGUUUCUGCGCAGUGGCUUUCUGCGUCCUCGACGCGUCAUCUGCCACCACGCUCUCUCUCCCUCUCGCGAGCGUGACUGGAUAAGAGCCAAAGCCUGCUUCAAAAAGCAUGGCGUUCCGAACUUGGGGGCCUCGAGUGACGCGUACGAGUGCGCGCUCGCGCGUGCGAGCGCGCACCCGCGCGAUUGCGUCGGCGGCGCGCCCAGGGUAGACACCGCCCACUGUGCGCUCCUCCUUCCCUCCUCCCCUUCCUCCUCC